AUGGUUUCAGUUCCACAUAAGGCAGGAAGCAAACUGGUAUUGAGCAACGGAGCAACUGGGGAAAAGAGUGAAGAUGCUACUCCAGAGUCCGCAACGAAAGCCUCUACGUCAGUCCCGGAAGAAGCUGCUGUAUCAUCAUCUCCAAAACCGGGAGAAGCUACAUCAGAGGCAAGUGGAGAGGUACCUACAGGAGAAGAGAAAGAAUCCGAGGCAACUACGACUUCAGCUGGAGAAUCUAGCGGAGAGGAGCCUUCGGAGAGUCAAAAUGUGCCAAACGUUCAAGCAAACGAAGACGAAGAAGCAGCAAUCGUGACAACAUCACCAGCACCUCCACAAACAACUGAAGCCACAUCAACUACAACAGAAGAAAGCAGGCUAACGUCCAGUGAAGCUGAGGGAAGCGAGAGAGAAUCUACCACAUUACUUAGCACCCUGGAAUCACAUGCAACUGACGCCAGUGAAGAAACGACACGUGAAGAUGAACAGCUAAAGCAAACAACGGCAGGACCCAUUGAAGCUAGCGGAGAGGAACCAGCA